GGUUCCUCCCUUCCCCGCCGGCCGAUUCCUCCAUUCCCCGCUGGCCGGUUCCUCCCUUCCCCUCCGCCCGCUAACCCUCUCUUUCCUCUCGCGAUUUGCAGCAAAACACAAGGGAGGUCGGUCUGGAUCUUGUUGCGGCGGCUUGCAGAGGAUUACCAGCGGGGCGGCGGCGGCUUCCGACGAGCUGACAACGGCAGCAGAGGCGCAACACAACACCUGACUCUCAAGAUGGUCAAGAAGAUGAACAAGAAAAAAGAUGGUUAGGGGAGCUGCUGUUUUUGUUGCACUAGCUACAAUGGCAGUCAUUGUUUGGGCUGUAAUAAGGAAAAGAAGACCACGCAUUACCUAUGGGCCAGUGCAUGAAAGAGAUCGAGUCAGAUUUGAUUAUCUAAACCAAAGAAUAUGGCAAAGUGAUGUGUUGUGCAAAAACAUGUUAAGGUUUGAAAGAGCGGCGUUUUUUAAUUUGUGUCGCAUAAUGAGGGAUCGCAAGUUGCUAGAAGACAGUCCACAUCUUACUGUGGAGCAACAAUUGGCGAUGUUUUUGCAUACAAUUGGGCAUAACCUUCGGAAUAGGGUUGUGUCAGCCAAUUUUUGUAGAUCAUACGGCACAACCAGCAUCUAUUUUAGAAAGGUUCUUCAUGCCAUAGGCGAGCUUCAUAAUGAUUAUAUACGGCCACCAUCAUUGGAGACUCCCACAAAAAUUGCAGGAAAUCAUCGGUUUGACCCAUACUUUAAGGAUUGUAUUGGAGCUAUCGAUGGUACACAUGUGCGAGCAGGUGUUACCAAAGAUGUGGAGCAUUCUUUUCAUGGUAGGAAGGCCUUUACAACUCAAAAUGUGAUGGCAGCGGUAGAUUUUGAUCUCCGCUUCACGUAUGUAUUGGCUGGUCGGGAAGGGUCAGCACACGAUGCAACCGUUUUAGCUGAUGCGUUAACACGUGAGAGAGGCUUACAAGUACCACCAGGGAAGUUCUACCUAGUUGAUGCCGGUUAUGGAGCCAAGCCCGGGUUCCUACCACCUUUUCGUGGUGUGAGGUACCAUUUGAAUGAGUGGGGCAACAAUCCAGUCCAAAAUGAUAAGGAGCUAUUCAACCUUAGGCACUCUUCACUAUGGGUGACGGUAGAGCUGGCAUCAUUUGGAUUCAGGGAUGUGCAUCAUAGACAAUGUGCUGCUGUUUUGAACGAGCAAUUCAAGCUUUCUGUCACUGGAGAUCAAGUCAAAAACCAUCUCAAGAAGUGGAGGAAGAUAUGGGGAAGGGUAGCCAACUUGAAGAAUUUAAGUGGAGCUCUAUGGGAUGAAGACACUUGCACAAUUAGGCUCAACGAGGAGCACUAUGCAGGGCAUUGUAUGACCCACAAAGCUGAUGCCCCCUUCUUGAAUACACCAAUUGAACACUAUCAUGCCAUGGCUUCCAUUUAUGGGACAAUGGGGGCCAAGGGGCAGAAUGCUAGGUCUGGCAAUGAUCUUCUUUCUAUUGAUCUCGAAGACAAGGAGAAUGGUGAGGUGAACACGUCACCAAAUGUUGGUGAGUCUUCUGACCCCAAAGCACCACCCAAAAAGAAGGCUAAGAUAAAGCACGUUGUUGAGGAUCCACUAGUUAUCACUCUCAAAGAUGGGUUCAAACUUGUGGCUGAAGCGCUUGUGAAGUUUAGUGGAGAUGAUGAUGACAUACCCGAUGACCUUUGGGAUGUAUUAUCCACAUUGCCAGAUUUUGAAGAAGAGCACCUAGCCCACUACUAUGCUCAUCUUGUGGACAACCCCAAGACUGCAAGAGCCUUCAUGAAACUUACCCAAAUCAACAAGUCCGUUUGGGUGAGUAGGUAUGUCAAGAAGAACUUCUAAAUUCGAUAUGGUUGUAUGGUUUCCAAGUAUGUGAACUUGACAUGUAUGGAUGUAGUGCACUUUGAUUGCUUUUGGACAUUUGGUAUGUGAACUUGACAUGUGUGGCUGUCAAGUAUGUGAACUUGACAUGUAUGGCUCUAUUGCACUCUGAUUGCUUUUGGGAAACCUGUGUUUUAUGUGUUGUUGAAACCUGUGUUAUAUGUGCUGUCAUUUAUAUGUUAAGAUUGUCCAUAUA